ACAAAAUUUUUCGUUUAAUUUUCGAUUUUGCUUUGCCGUGUUUUCAGAUUUUUAAGUAAAAUUUUCAGAUUUUAUGGAUUAUAUCCCAAUGUAUUAAUUUUUCUAGCAUUACUUUUAACAUAUUUAAAUGCAGUGGUGAAAUUAACAGUCUGUUAGAAGAUAUACACGUUAAGCAGGGAAACUACUAAGUUUAUAUUAAAAUCAUUUCUUUUUAUCCUGAAAAAAAUCAACAUAAAUAUGGAUAUUGAAGAAGGUGAUGAUGCUAUGGACAUUGAUGAACCUGUUCCUGUCACCCCAAUAAUUGAACGAAAGCUAAAUGAGUUCCCUACUGAAAACUCUGAUCCUAAUGCUUCAAUAUCUCACAAUGAGAUUACAUCUACCACUUAUGGAACUCCCGUAUCCAGUAGAUUACAGGGCUCAGAAAAUAGAGUCUCUGAGGGGAAUUCAAUAAUAAAAGAUUCCGUCCCAACCUCAGAACCAAGCAUAGUUAUUUUGGAUGAUGAAGAUGAAAAAUUGAAUGUAUCUUCCACUAGUGAACAAAAUUCACAAGAAAUUACUGGCAAAAAAGAAGUUGGUCUGCAGGAACAUGAAAACAGAUGCUUCAACAAACAAUGCAAAAGAAUGUCAUCCCAAUUUAUUUCUGCAUCUGAUAUAUGUCUUGCAUUUUUUCAGGUACCAAGAGUAGAAAAUAAGGAUAUGGAAAUCUGUACCACAUGUUAUGCAUUCUUCUUAAAGAACAACAAAAAGCCUAUUAGAAUUAAUGAACCUGUAAAAGAUAUAAUUGAUUUGGUAGACAAACCUAAAAACAGUAACAGAUGCAUUAAUACUAAUUGUAUGGGGAAUAGCUUGAAAUUUAUUUAUGCACCGGAUUUCUGUUUGUCUUAUUUCAGAGUAAAGAGAUCUUAUGGUAAUAGAGAAGAGAUUUGUAUGGAUUGUUAUGAACUGUCCGUCAUAGAUAAUGACAAGUUAGCAGAAAGCCUAAUUAAAGGUAAUCUACUAUUUGAAGUUGACUUUCCAAUAAUUAAUGAAACCCUCCAAAUUGAUGAUUCGGAUGAAGAGGACGAAGACGAGAACCAACUGGAGGAAUUUAUUCCUUUAUCAAAUUUAGAUUUUAUUGCUGAUAAUAUUGAUUCAGUGCUUGAAGAAACUAUUGAAAAGCUCGGACUUAAAAACCACUUAGAGAAGGAGAGAAAAUAUCUCAAAGACGUAGCUGAUAAAGUUGCACAGAGUUCCGAGGAGUUAGUUAAAGAAGUUAACGAAAUCAGACUUUCAUUAGACACUAUACAAUUAGAUUUAUACAGUCAUUUCAGACCUGAGUUUAGAAAUUUGAAGGGUAUUAUGAUUUUGGACGAUUAUUCUUUGAGUCCGACACUGCAAAUUCGUCCAGAAAACAAUCCGCCAUCAGACUCAAUCCAGAGGAAGAGCAAUAGAAUAGUACAAAAGCCAAUUGUGAAGGAAGAUAUUGCAACACCAUUAUCAAAGGAAACUACUCAAGGUAAUCCUGGAAUAGUGGAGAUACCUAAAGAUUUGCCAGUCAGUCUGGUAGUGGAUAAACCAGUACCACAAAUUGAUGGUCUAUACUACAUUGCAAAAGAAAACAAUAUCCAAGGCUGUUGGAUCAAGGCAAGGCUACAGCAAAUCAUUCAACCAAAUACCACAUACAAAGGUCAGUUGUAUACUGAACUUAGCUAUAGAUUAACUGAACUCAAACAGCAGAAAGAGAGGAUUGUUACUGGAAAAUACCUAGCCUAUAUAAAUCCUUGCAGAUCACGCCUAACUGUAGGAACUAGAGUUCUUUCAGUGUUUAAGGAAACUAAUCGAAUUCCGGGUACAAAAAUUGCCAGGUCUGAUCCCUAUUAUGCUGGAAUUGUAGGAGAAAAUCCAGUAGAGUCUAAUUUUUACAGAUAUUUGAUAUUUUUUGAUAUUGGAUAUGCUCAGUACGUAAAUCAUCAUGGAAUCAAUUUAGUGUUUGAAGCUGAUGCGCAGGUGUGGAAGGAUAUGCCAGAAGAUUCUAGGCCCUUUAUACAAAAAUAUUUGGAAAGCCAGGACAGGCCUAUGGUUAAGUUGAUUCCUGGUCAAACUGUUAGAGUGGAAUAUAAUGGCAAAUGGUGGCUGUGCACGAUAAAACACGUCGAUUGUUCCCUAGUGAAGGUUUAUUUCGACCAAAUAAACAGGUGGGAAUGGAUUUAUCGUGGCUCGACCAGAUUAAGUCCUAUGUACAGGGAGGAAUUGGCUGCUUCUACUAGACACACUGGCAUACGAACUCCUAGAAAACUUGGACCUAACGAAUCUGCUGCGGUAGUUCAAUAUAGUCGAAACGAGGAAUUUGUUCAGUCUUCUCAAAAAGAAAAUACACCGCCUAGUGAAACUAGAGCUGUCGCGCGUAAGAGUACUACCAAACCUAAUAGCGUUAACCAACCCGCACCGAAAGCGGUGCGAUUUUUACCUCCUAUUCAGCCGACCUCGAACGCUUCAGGACCUACGAGUAAGAUUAUGUAUUUUACUCCAAGAGACCAACAAGUAACCCGACAGGAGUAUAAACUUCACGAAUGUGGCCCAAUGUGUAAAACAUUUAUUACCCACAACUUUACCAAACUGCGAGGACAUAAUCCGCUCUCGAAACCUUUGUUGUGUGGCUGGGCAAGAAUGACUUUAAAGGACCGAGGAAGAAAGGAGAUUAUUUAUAAGGCGCCUUGUGGAAGGAUGAUUAGAAACAUUAGCGAGAUACACUAUUAUCUUAGAGUGACUGAAAGCGAAAUGACAGUGGACUUAUUCGAUUUUAAUCACAUGGUUAGGUGCCUGGCAGAAUUUAGUGUAGACUGUGUGCCUGAUCCAAAAGAUUUAUCGAAGGGUGUUGAGCAAGUUCCAAUUCCCGUUAUUAAUGGGUUAAGUACCGAAGCGCUAGAUUUCUGGAACUAUUCUAUAACGCGGAUUCCUACAGACGGGGUACUUCUGAACGUUGACGAAGAGUUUCUAUGUGGGUGUGACUGUGAAGACGAUUGUGUGGAUAAACUAAAAUGUGCAUGUUGGAAGCUUACUCUGGAAGGAAUCAAAUUUUUAGCAAAAGAUACCGAUCCAAUUUCUGUUGGUUAUAUUUAUCGAAGGUUGCAGGAGCAAGUAAUUACUGGAAUUUAUGAGUGCAAUUCAAGAUGUAAAUGUACAUCAACGUGUCUGAACCGGGUGGCUCAAAACCCCAUGUCUUUAAAACUUCAAGUCUUUAAAACGCCAAACAGGGGUUGGGGUAUAAGGUGUCUAAACGACAUUCCGCAAGGGACCUUUAUUUGUUGCUACGCGGGAACAUUGCAUACAGAACAAAGAGCGAAUGAGGAUGGGAAGGAAUAUGGUGAUGAAUAUUUUGCCGAACUAGAUUACAUUGAAACUGUCGAGAAAUUCAAAGAAGAUUAUGAAGCGGAAGUGAUGGAGGAAGAGGAGUACAUGGAAAGAGAAAAGACGCCGCCCAUUGAUGAACCAAAACAUACGAAAUCUUCGGGCAAAAAGAGGAAUCCUUAUUUGGAGGAUAAUGAUUUUACGCCUUCGGCAUCGACUAAUUUUAGGAUUCAUAAUUCUUCUUCCUCACCUGGUAACAAUGAUGGCAUAAGGUCGCGAUUGCGUGAAAGAAAGAGAAAAGACGAAGAAGACAGAAAAGAAAAAGGAAAAAGAGACAAGGAAGAGAAAAGAGACCGAUCCGAGAUAAAAAUGAAACAAGAUUCUGGUGUUCCAGAUAAGGACGUAGCCUCGAUUAUAGAAAAAAUAAGUGAUAAAGUUGACACCGUCACUAUAAGUGAUGAGGAGGAUGAUGGAAACAGGGAAGUCCUUAGUUUUAACCCUAAAACGAAAGAUGUGGAUGAAAGAAGUCUCAAACACGUUUCUGUUAGGGAAUUGUUUGGGCCCGAAGAAAAAGAUAAUAUUUAUAUUAUGGAUGCAAAAAAUGCUGGAAAUAUUGGGAGAUUUUUAAAUCAUUCCUGCUCACCGAACGUGUUCGUCCAAAAUGUGUUUGUAGAUACUCAGGAUCUGCGUUUCCCAUGGGUCGCAUUUUUCUCGUCACAGUUUAUUCGGGCCGGCACCGAACUAACAUGGAAUUAUAAUUAUGACAUUGGCAGUGUACCGGGACGGGUACUGUAUUGUCAUUGCUCAUCCACCGAGUGCAAAGGUAGAUUAUUGUAAAAUUUUUUUUUAGAUUUAGUUAUGACUAUAUAAUCUUUGUUAAGGCAAUAUUUUAAUUAGUAUAGUAUUUUUUUGUGAAAAAAAAAACAGUAUACUAUUUGUGAGUCUGAUUGUAAGAGUCAAUGAGUUUAAGGAUCUUUUGUUGUAGUCUAAUAAAUGCAUUUGUUUAGA